AUGAUGCCGGAAGAGACAAAUUCCAUAGACUACGUAAUGGAGAAGGCUUCAGGUCCACACUUCUCCGGCCUCCGUCUCGAUGGUCUUCUCUCCUCUCCGCCGUCUUCCUCCACUGUUUCUCCCUCUCACCGCUCCGCCUCCGCCAAUUCUUCCCCCUUGUCAGACUCCAAUGCUAACAAGCAACCUUUUGUCAUUGGAGUUUCUGGUGGUACGGCUUCCGGUAAGACUACAGUGUGUGAUAUGAUCAUUCAACAGCUUCACGAUCACCGUGUUGUUCUUGUUAAUCAGGAUUCAUUUUAUCGUGGUUUGACGGCUGAAGAAUCGGAGCGAGUGCAUGAGUAUAAUUUUGACCAUCCUGAUGCUUUUGAUACAGAGCAGCUUUUAGACUGUCUUCAAAAGCUGAAAAGUGGACAUUCUUAUCAAGUUCCCAUCUAUGAUUUUAAGAAGCAUCGCAGAUGUUCGGAUAGCUUCAGGCAGGUAAAUGCUUCUGAUGUGAUCAUCCUAGAGGGGAUUCUGGUUUUCCAUGACCAGCGCGUCCGCAACCUGAUGAGUAUGAAAAUUUUUGUUGAUACAGAUGCUGAUGUGAGGCUUGCUCGUAGAAUAAGGCGUGACACAGUUGAGAGGGGUAGGGACAUAAGCUCUGUUCUAGAACAGUAUGCUAAAUUUGUGAAGCCUGCUUUUGAUGAUUUUGUGUUGCCAUCGAAGAAGUAUGCCGAUGUGAUCAUCCCACGGGGGAUACGAGGUAUGCAUACACUGAUUCGAGACAAGGAGAUAUCGAAGCAUGAUUUUGUAUUUUAUUCAGACCGACUUAUCCGUCUGGUUGUGGAACAUGGUUUGGGCCAUCUGCCAUUCACUGAGAAGCAAGUAGUGACGCCAACAGGAUCGAUUUACACUGGGGUUGACUUUUGCAAGAAAUUAUGUGGGGUCUCUAUUGUCCGCAGUUGUUAUCUUGGAGUGGGAAGCAGUAAUAAGUUUAGAUACACUCUUCAGCUUCCCGACACUGAUGCUAGUGGAGAAAGCAUGGAAAAUGCACUGCGAGCAUGUUGCAAAGGAAUAAAAAUUGGAAAAAUUCUCAUCCACCGUGAUGGAGACAAUGGAAAACAGCUUAUAUAUGAGAAGCUCCCCAAGGAUAUUUCAGAACGGCAUGUCCUGCUUCUAGAUCCUGUUCUUGCUACAGGUAACUCUGCAAACCAAGCGAUAGAACUUCUCAUACAGAAAGGAGUUCCAGAAUCCUACAUCAUAUUCCUAAACCUAAUCUCUGCCCCUGAGGGUAUCCAUUGUGUUUGCAAAAGGUUCCCAUCCUUGAAAAUUGUCACUUCGGAGAUUGACGUUGCAUUAAAUGAGGAAUUUCGUGUCAUACCAGGCAUGGGUGAGUUUGGGGACCGGUACUUUGGAACCGAUGAUUAA